AACUUACAGUAGUUUGAAAUUAAGCAUUAAAGUGUGUAUAUUUACCAUUUCUUUUACAUUUUGUAUUUUUAGUACAAUCAUUUUACAAAAAAAUAAUAAUCCAAACAAUAAAAUAAAAAAAAAAAUCAAGCCACUUUAAAAAAAAAAAAAAAAACGAAACCUGAGCGAAACCGAUACUGUAUCUCUCCCUCUCAGCGACUCUACACUGACGGAGAAUGUACUAGAGCCGGCUAGUGUUUUCCGCACGCGAACGUACCACGAGGACAACAGCUGUGCUUACAGUUGAUUCCUUUCCUCUUUUUGGCUAACAUAACACUUGUUCCGACGGUUUGAGUUUUGGUACCCAGGAGAAGAGGACUAUCGCUGCUGUCGUUACGCAGGUCGCUGACAGGAAGUCAUGCCUCAGCAACGGAAGACAAAGUCCUGGACUGAGCUGAAGCAAGCGGGGAACGAGUGCUUCAAGACCGGCCAGUAUGGAGAGGCUGUCAAUCUCUACAGCCAGGCCAUCAAGGUGCUGGAAAAGUCCAGAGAAGAGUACUCUGCAGAUUUGGCCAUUGUGUACUCGAACCGUGCAGCGAGCUACCUGAAGGAUGGGAACUGCACUGCAUGCGUGAAGGACUGCGAUAUGUCUCUGGAGUUGUCCCCCUUCAAUGUGAAGUCUCUGCUUCGCCGCGCUGCUGCAUAUGAAGCUGUUGAACAAUACAGAAACGCCUACGUCGACUACAGAACCGUCCUGCAGAUUGACUGCAACGUAACAGCCGCUCAAGAUGGCACUCAUAGAAUGACUAAGGCCCUGACUGAGGCAGACGGGCCGUCCUGGAGAGAAAAGCUUCCUCCCAUCCCGUCCGUUCCUGUAUCUGUGAGGGAGAAAUUUGCCAGACAGUCUGCUGCCAAUGUGAAGCAGCACAUCUCUGCAGCAAACCAGAACGGCAUCAAGCAAACAAACAAACCAGCUCUCAGCAGUGAAGACAUAAAGAAAGGCCAGAAUUUCAAAGAAGAAGGUAAUGCUCUGGUGAAGAAAGGAGACUAUAGAAAGGCCAUUGACAAAUACACUCAGAGCCUUCAGCAUAACCCCACUGAGGUCACAACUUACACCAACCGCGCCCUGUGCUACCUGUCAGUGAAGCAGUUUCAAGAAGCCAUCAGCGACUGUGACAAAGCUCUGAUGAUUGACAGCGGCAACAUCAAGGCUCUAUACAGGAGAGCGCAGGCUCACAAGGAGCUCAAGAACAUCAAGGCAUGUGUGGAAGAUCUGCAGUGUCUGCUGAAGGUGGAAUCAAAUAACACAGCAGCCCUGAAACUGCUGCAGGAAGUGCAGAAGAAGUGAGGACUGCAGGGCUCCUCCAGAUCCAAGAUCCAACUCACUGCAAUACAGAAACGGAUUUCUUUAAAAGCUGUAUUUGACCUUUGACCUUUACAUGAACAUCACAUGGAUAUUUCUGGUAAACCUUGGUGAUAAGUAUGUCAGCAAAGACAUGAAGCCGCAGCUUUUUGCUGCUUUUGAUGAGCCUUUCCUCGUCUGUCCAAUUGAUGAAUGUUUUUCAUCCUCAAAGAGUCAUUUCUGCUAAAAGAGGAUUCCUAACAGCUCAGUCACUGUUUGCUAAAUGCACAAUGUUUGCACGUCAACCUGUAUCCCUUUUAGUCAAAUACUUUUACAGACGUUUUUCUGAUUUGACUUAAGAUCAUGACAUUUGUUGAUCUUGAGAUUUCUAUCCAUUUGGGUUCAGCUAUUGCAUCGCAAGAGAUAAUACGGAUGCUAUGCUUUCAUUUCAUGCUUUCAUGCUGUUUAUUAUUCAGUUUUUGUUGUUUUUUGACUUUAAACGUGUUUUGUUGAUGCUUGUGCAGAGUUGUCACUACUGAGGAUUUACAAAUAAAAGCUGUUGCUGCUAA